AACGUUUCAGCCUGAAAUCUGCCUGGAUAACCCAACAGAGCCAUUUGUCCUUUGGAAAUAGGGUGAAUGGUGUAUGGUGGCAGAACCCACCAGGACCCGGAGCCCUGAGGCAGAGAGAUGCGUGUACAGAGAUAAAGGCCUGGGAAUAGCUAAAAUCAGCAUCAAAGUUGGCGCCUGAUUCUUGAUUCUUGGUGAACCUGUCCUUCUGCGCCUGUCCCACUGCUAAAUCAUGAAAUUACUUGCCUUGCUUUUUCUCUGCUCCAGGCUGCUACCAAGUUUAACCCAGGAGUCCUCACAAGAAAUCGACUGCGAUGAUGAAGACUUAUUUAAGGCAGUGGACACUGCGCUGAAGAAAUACAACAGUAGAAGCCAAAGCGGCAACCAGUUUGUGUUGUACCGUGUAACUGAGGUCAUCAGGACGGAUGACCCUGACACGUUUUAUUCCUUCAAGUACGAAAUUAAGGAAGGAAACUGUUCUGUUCAAAGUGGCAAAACCUGGCAGGAUUGUGACUACCUAGAAUCUGCUCAAGCUGCCACAGGAGAAUGCUCUGCCACAGUGGGGAAGAGAGGGAAUAUGAAAUUCUCAGUGGCUACACAGACCUGCCAGAUCACUCCAGCUGCGGGCCCAGUGGUGAAAUCCCAGUUUGACUGCCUUGGUUGUGUGCACCCCAUCUCGACCGCAAGUCCUGACCUGGAACCCGUUCUAAGACAUGCCAUUGAACAUUUCAACAACAACACGGAUCAUUCCCACCUCUUUGCUCUUAAAGAAGUGAAAAGGGCCAACCGACAGGUGGUGUCUGGAUGGAACUAUGAAAUUACUUACUCAAUUGCACAAACGAAUUGUUCCAAGGAGAAUUUUCUGUUCUUAACUCCAGACUGCAAGUCCCUUUUGAAUGGUGAUAUCGGUGAAUGUACAGACGAGGCACACGUGGACCCUCAGCUGAGAAUUGCUUCUUUUUCGCAGAAGUGUGACCUCUAUCCAGGGGAGGAUUUUGUACAACCUUCCAAGAUUUGCGCUGGCUGCCCCAAAGACAUCCCUGUCAACAGCCCGGAGCUGGAGGUGCCUCUGAAUCAUUCUAUCGCAAAGCUUAAUGCAGAGAAUAACGGAACUUUCUAUUUCAAGGUUGACAGAGUGAAAAGUGCAACAGUACAGGUGGUAGCUGGAGAGAAAUUUUCAGUUGAGUUCACAGCCAGGGAAACCAUGUGUUCCAAGGAAAGUAAUGAAGAGUUGACAGAAAGUUGCCAGAUCAAUAAAUAUGGACAAGCCCUAGAAUGUAAAGCUGAAAUUUUUGUGAUACCUUGGGAGAAAAAAAUUUACCCUACUGUCAACUGUCGGCCUCUGACAAAGAUCAUAUUGAUGAAAAGGCCUCCAGGUUUUUCACCUUUCCGAUCAGUACCCAUGAAGAAAAUAGAAGAAGGAACAACUGUAAGUCCACCCCAUACUUCCAUGGCAUCUGUACAAGAUGAAGAGCGGGAUUCAGGAAAAGAACAAGGACCUACCCAUGGGCAUGGCUGGGGCCAUAGAAAGCAAAUAAAACAUGGCUUUGGCCAUGCGCAUAAACAUGAGCAUGACCAAGGCCAUGGGUACCACAGGGGACAUGACCUUGGCCAUGGACAUCAGAAGCAACAUGGUCAUGGCCAUGGACAACAAAAGCAACAUGGCCUUGGUCAUGGACAUCAACGGGAACUUGACUAUGACCCUGAACACCAAGGGAGACAUGGUCUUGGCCAUGGACAUCACAGGGGACAUGGACUAGCCCAGGGACAUACACAUGAGCAUGGCCAAGGCCAUGGAAAACAUAAAAAUAAAAGAAAAGACAAUGGAAAGCGUAAUGGUUGGAAAACAGAGCAUUUGGCAAGUUCUUCUGAAGAUAGUACCACCUCUUCUGCAGAGACACAAGAGAAGACAGAAGAGCCAAAACCCCUCCCUUCCCUAGCCCAGCCAGGGAUAGCAGUUACCGUGCCUGACUUUCAGGACUCAGAUCUCACUGCAGCCCUGAUGCCUAACCCACCAUCACCCACAGAGAGGGAUGAUGAUUGGAUCCCUGACAUUCAGAUACAGCCAAAUAGCCUUUCAUUUAACCUGAUAUCUGACUUGCCAGAAAAAACCUCCCCCAAAUGUCCUGGACGCCCUUGGAAGCCAGUUAAUGGAUUGAAUCCAGAUGUGGAAGUGAAAGAAUUUCAUGAUUUCGAUCUCACUGAUGCUUUGUAUUAAUUUAUGUAGACAUGAGUCUUAACACUUGAUCAUUCCUCCUCCCCAUUAUCUAAAUAUCCUGAUAUGAUGCACCAAAAGCCCUGAAGCUUCAGAACAGCCUAGAGAGAAGGGGUGAGAUGCCCAAUGGGACACUGUCAAUCUCUAUGGACAACAUAAAGCUGUGUACAGAAUCCUAAAUCCCCUCUGGGUCUUCCUCCCAAGACUUCUUUACUAACACCAAAAAUGGACAAACUCAUGUGCUUUAUGGCCUACCGCAAUUGGUACAACAAAUGUGUACCUUAACAAAUGUGUACCUUAAAAUGUAUGUCAUCGACUUUCAUACAAAGAUUCUUGACAUUCUGAAUAAACUGUGGCAUGUGGUCCCUGAACACGUGUGAAAAUAAGGGAAGUCAAGAGACUAAAUGCUGCACUUCUUAAUGGGAAAAAAAAUAAUAAUAAAA